GGCGGGCAGAGCCUGCGUGCCAGCCGGGCUCUGGUUACAGGUUGGCCUCCUGGCCCGGGCCCAAGGGGGGUGUGUCUGAGCCCCGCCGGCAGGAAGGAGGAGAGGCCCCACUGACCUCUGGCCACAGCCUCCAAGGGGGCCUGCGGGUGCUCCGGGCCGGGACUCGGAGGGGUUUUCUCAUGUGGGCGCUUUGUGCUUUCAGACAGAGAAGAAGAGGCCCAGCUGGUUCGCCCAGUCGAUGCCCUCUUAGCUGAGACUUCGAGCCGGCAUGGAGCCCGGCGUCCGGGGCUCGGGCCAGAUGGCCUUCCUCAGCAACCUUCUGGCGGCUUCUGCCUUCAUUGCCGAGCACCCCGAACGCGCCGCCCUGUGCUUCGUGUCCGGCCUGUGCGUGGGGCUGCUGUUCACGCUGGCCGCCCUGGUGGUCACCAUCUCCUGCCGGGCCGACUGCCAGCGGCUCCCCGGAAAGAAGGGCCUGGCGGGGCGUCGGAGCGGCAGCAGCGGCCUCAGCGACAGCGACAGCGACAGCGACGAGGACAGCGUUGGCGGCCGCUGCUCGGCCUCGCUGGACGGCUCCAUGCGCCGGCCGUGGCUCUUCGAGCGGCCGCCCCACCGGAACGUGUUCACGUCGGCGGAGGAGCUGGA